UCCGGGCUCGACCCUGCUGCCGUGUCUUUGAUUGGAGGGAAACCCCGUGGAUGAGCGGGAGAGAUCAUCAGCUGUGCGGCCGGGAAUCAGGAACAACAGCGUCUAACGACACUCACAGUCAUGGCAGACAGGGAGGAGCUGGUACAGAAGGCCAAACUGGCCGAGCAGGCCGAGCGCUAUGAGGACAUGGCUGCGGCCAUGAAGUCCGUCACAGAGCUGGGCUCGGAGCUCAACAACGAGGAGCGCAAUCUGCUCUCUGUUGCCUACAAGAAUGUGGUCGGGGCUAGAAGGUCCUCCUGGAGGGUGAUAUCCAGCAUUGAGCAGAAGACUGAAUCCGAAAAGACGCCUGAAACUGAAAAGAAAGCGGCGCUGGUCAAGGAGUACAGAGAGAAGAUCGAGGGGGAGCUUAAACAGAUCUGCCAGGAAGUACGGGACCUGCUCGACAAAUUUCUGAUCCCGAAAGCAUCAGGUGCCGAGGGGAAAGUCUUCUACCUGAAGAUGAAGGGAGACUACUUUCGCUACCUGGCUGAGGUGGCCACUGGAGACGAGAGGAAUGAGAUUGUUAAGCACUCACAAGCUGGCUACCAGGAUGCGUAUGACAUCAGCCUAAAAGAAAUGGAGGCUACACAUCCCAUCCGCCUGGGCCUUGCUCUGAACUUCUCUGUCUUCUACUACGAGAUUGCCAACUUACCUGGCGAGGCUUGCAAACUGGCUAAGACGGCCUUUGAUGAUGCCAUCGCCAAGCUAGACUCGCUCAAUACUGAAUCUUACAAAGACAGCACCUUGAUCAUGCAGCUGCUCCGUGACAACCUGACUCUGUGGAUGUCGGAUGCAGGCGGUGAGGGCGGGAUUGAGGGAGAAGAAGGGGAGCAGCCAGCUGAGGAGAAGAACUGAACUUCAGAAAAAAAUAAACCCACUUUUUUUUUUUUUUUUUUUUUUUAACACCUCUCACCAGCCUAAGUUGUGUGCGUGGUUGUGUCCACAUACAUGCACAAAUAUGUAUGUUUACACUCCACUCACAGUGUGUAAAGUACAGUAUGUGUGCAGAUACAUUGAAGUGUGCGCGUUAAUCGUAUCAACACCUCCACAGGGAAAAGAAUGGAAUAGAUAGGGUUUUUUAUUUUUAUUUUUUACAUUUUUUUUUUCAUUACUCAUUGUGCGACCCAGUGGAUGUUCAUUUUUUUGGUUUUUUUUGUUGUUGUUUUUUUAAAGAAAAUAUAGUCUUUUAGUUGAGAUAAAAUCCCUCCUUUAGAUCCAAAUCUGCCCCAUGCUCUUGAACCUUAAUCACUGUAGCAAACUGCUGCUGUUGCAGGAAAGUAAACCAACCAACCUCGAAGUGUAACUUUGAUAAUAAUUUGUAUGUUUUUACUUGAACUGAACAUUUACAACCUUUUUGUGACACUUUGGUCCACAAAACUCCUUUGAGGCACGUUUAAAAAGAAAAAAAAAAAAAAGGUCACGUUAGUCUGAAUUCAUUACAUUUUAACAUCUGACAAUAGCAGUACUCAUGUACUGUUGGCAGGUUUCAUUUAUUACCAUAUUGCUUGUAUCCAUGCUGCCCUGUCAGCGUCCAGUGUAGCAGGUAGUUUUUUUUUUUUUUAAAUGGAUGGUACAUGUGUCAUGGCUCAGUGGGUUUUACAGUGCUUUCAGGCAUAGGAAAGGUUUUCUACAUGAAUGACCACUUACAAAAGCUGUAGGUUACCUUUGGUUUAUUGAGAGGAUUACAUUCCAUUUUACUGACAUAUUUUCACUAUCAGUGAAACGUGUAGACUAAUUUCCUGCAGUUUUGCAUACCACAUGACAAGCUAUAUAGACAGCCUAAGAUAAAGUGAACAACUUGAUAAAAUGGCUCGAUACUGUAACUUUUGAUAUUUUAUCUUUUCAGCAGUGCAGAGGAUACUUUUGCCAUGUGCUUUUAUGUGGCUUUCUACUCUUUUUCUAUUCAGGUGUUUUUUGUAUUUUCUUUGUAUUUUAUUCCCUUAUUGAUUCUUGAUUUGACUCCUGGAAUGUAUGUGGUUCUCAGUAGUCUGGUGUGAGGGUUAGGCGUGCUUUUAAAGCUGGCAGUCUCUGCUUAGGAUUAGGUGGAAUACAGUUACAUUUUUCUUCCUUGAAAGUACAUUGUGAAAAGACAAAAUUAAAAACUGUGGCAAAUAUAAAAUGAGAAUUUAAGUCACUUGGUAGGAAAUUCCAUUAAGGCCAUUUAGUAAUCACAAAGUAGUGCCAGUUUCUUAACUACAGUAUCUUGGUUUUAAGAAGAUGGGAUGCAGGAUUCAGCGAGUAACAUUCUUGGGUAUGUUAUUUGGUUAUGUGCUUUCAUGUAAGUGGAAUUAAAACAUUCAAAUUAA